AUGCAUUUUAGAGAAAUACUCCUGACAGUUUGGGUACUUAUGUUUAUAAGCACCUCAGAAGAAACUUGUACCUCACGUCUUCACAUUACUGCAGUCGAAGGGGAACCUUUCUAUCUGAAAUAUUGCUCGUCUUCACCCAAGUAUGAGAAAAAAACAACCACCAUAAAAUGGUACAAAAAUGAAUCGCAUGGGCCUGUUGACCUGAGCUUGCACAGUUCACCCAGAAUUCUUUUGCGUGAUUAUGUUUUGGAGUUUUGGCCAGUGGAGUUGCGUGACAAUGGGUCUUACUCCUUCCGAAUGGGAAAUGAUACUCAUGACUGGAAAUUAAAUGUCAUCCCAAGAACAAAACACAGCUGUUUUACUGAGAACCGGGUAACGAGUAAAGCUGUGGAAGUUAAGAAAUCUUUGCAGAUAGCCUGUGAACACAAUUACUAUCAACAACUGGUCAAUAGAACGGUAUUGUAUAAGAACUGUGAAAAGAUCGAGAACAAUAAAACCCCAUUUUUAAAGAAUGCAGAGUAUAAAGAUCAGGGAUAUUAUACCUGUGUGUUUUUCCUACGUCAUAAUGGAAAACUAUUCAACGUCACCAAAACCUUCAAUAUUACAAUAGUUGGAGACCACAGUAAGAUAAUCCCAGCUCUUCUUGGACCAAAGAUCGAUGAAGUUAAAGUGGAACUAGGAAAAGAUAUACAGCUCAACUGCUCUGCUUUGCUGAAUGAAAAGGAUGUAAUUUACUGGCACACCCCGGGAAACAAUAAAAGUGAUCCUAAUGUACAUGAAGGGAAUAUGACGAGAAUUAGGACUUCAGAAGGCAAAUGGCUUGCUUCCAGAAUACUGAGGAUUAAGAACAUAAACACAAGAAAUCUAAACUUUUCAUACAAUUGCACUGCGGCCAGUGAGGGCGGCACCAACACCAAAAGCUUCCUCUUGCUGCUAAAAGACACAGUUGACAUCCCAGGCCACGUCUUCACUAGAGGAAUGAUCGUAGCUGUCGUGAUCUCAGUGAUGGUUGUCUGCCUGGUGACCGUGGGUGUUAUUUAUAGAGUUGACUUGGUUCUAUUUUAUAGACAUUUCAUGGGAAGAGACGAAACCUUAACAGAUGGAAAAACAUAUGACGCUUUCGUGUCCUACCUGAAAGAGUGUCAGCCCGAGCAUGGAGAGGAGCACGCGUUUGCUGUGGAGACUUUGCCCAGGGUGUUGGAGAAACAUUUUGGGUAUAAGUUAUGCAUAUUUGAAAGAGAUGUGGUUCCUGGAGGAGCUGUUGUUGAUGAAAUCCAUUCAUUGAUAGAGAAAAGCCGAAGGCUGAUCAUUGUUCUCAGUAAAAGUUAUAUGUCUAGCGAAGUCAGGUAUGAACUUGAAAGUGGACUCCAUGAAGCACUGGUGGAAAGGAAAAUUAAAAUCAUCUUAAUAGAAUUUACACCUGUCGGAGACUUCAGCUUUUUGCCUCAAUCACUGAAGCUUUUGAAAUCCCACAGAGUUCUGAAGUGGAAGGCAGAUAAGUCUCUGUCUUAUAACUCGAGGUUCUGGAAGAAUCUUCUUUACCUGAUGCCUGCAAAAGCAGUCAAACCCUGCAGAGAUGAGUCAGAAGUCUUGCCUAUUCUUUUGAAGACCUAA